AUGUUUUUGCUUUCUUUUCUACUAUUUCCGGCCAAUUGUUCUUUUUGGUCACAGAAGAGUAAGCGAGUUUCUUUCGCUUUUUUUCGGAAUACCCCCGUCUUAGUAGCCCAAAAGAAAAAAAAAUUCAUCCCACUUUUUAGGUUCGAAAACACCUUAAAGAAUAUUUUGGAAUUCAUAUCAGAUGAUUGGAACAGCUUACUAUGGAAAAAAUGCCGUAGUAUACUAAUUUACCUCUUUUACACACGAUACUCUUCUAUAAAAGAAGUCGCCACACUGAGCGUCGUAUUUAAACUACAGAGGUCACAAAAGACAGUGCCAAGCGCAACAACCACUACCAUCACCACAAAGAUUCCCCCCUUGUGUUCCCUCUUUGCUAUGACGUGGAGACAAACUGGCAUAGUUCUUUACUUCCAGUCACCUUGCCUAAGAACCUAA